CAGGGAGGAAGAGAAGGAACAAGAUGGGGGACUAUCAGCAGCAGUUGGGCUACCUGAUCAAGUGGCUGAGUACCUUCGACCUCCAGGCGCCACACGGCUCCGCGGAGGAGAUCAGCGACGGGGUCGCACUGGCGGAGGCCCUGGCCAAGAUCGCGCCGGAAUGGUUCACGGCGGUGUGGAGGACGAAGAUCAAGACCGACGUGGGCACCAACUGGCGCCUCAGAGUCAGCAACAUGAAGAAGAUCGUGGAGGCUGUGGUGGAGUACUACGCCGAGUGCCUGAAUCAGCAGCUGGCCGGCUUCGUCAAGCCGGACGCGAACAAGAUCGGCGAGCACUGCGACAACGACGAGCUGCGCCGCCUGCUGCAGCUGAUCCUCGGCUGCGCCGUCAGCUGCGACCAGAAGCAGCAGUACAUCACCAGGAUAAUGGGUAUGGAGGAGACGGUGCAGCGGGCGAUAAUGCAGAGCAUCCAGGAGGUGAACUGCGAGUCUUUCGUGGACGUGACGGACGGCGCUCAGCAGAGACUCUUCGCCGAGCUCCAGGCGGCGGUGGACAUGAAGGACCAGCUGGCGCAGCGAUGCCACGAGCUCGACCAGCAACUCUCUCUGCUGCAGGAAGAGAAGAUCGCGCUAAUCGCGGAGAAUAAGAAGCUCCAGGAGCGGCUGGACGAGUUCGAGAACCCGGAGGAGUCCGGGUCCAUCGUCAAGUACUCCGGGCUGCGGAAGCAAGUGGACGAGUUGAAGGACGAGCUGUUCAAGAUCGAGACGUCUAGGGAUGACUACAGAUUAAAGGUGGAGCUGUUGGAGAAGGAAGUGCUGGAGCUGCAGUCGAGGCAGGAGGAUCUGCAAAAGGCGGCUGACGAGUCGAAUCAUCUGAAGGAUGAGGUGGACGCCUUAAGGGAAACCACGGACAAGGUGGCGAAGUACGAGAUCAUGAUAGAAUCGUACAAGAAGAAGAUGGAAGAUAUGAGCGAUCUUAAGAGACAGAUGAAGAUACUAGAGGAUAAGAACGUCGAGUAUUUGCAAUACAAGUUGGAUUACGAGGAGGAAGUUAAGCGCACGACGAUGCUGCGCAAUCACUUGGAGGUGUGCAAGCAGCAGCUCACGGAAGUCCAUCACAGGCUGGACGAGCAGAGUAACAAGAACGAUCGGCUGGAGUUCGAGGGCAAGAAAAUGGAGGCAAAGUUGGGCGCUCUGCAGAGGGAGAGAGAUCGAUUGAUCAUCGAAAGGGACGCCCUGAAGGAGACGAACGAGGAGUUGAAGUGCACGCAACUGCAGGCCGUCGAGAACAUGGCGAAACCCAGUGCCGACAGUACCGGGGUUUCCGCGACGGAGAUGAUCCCGCUUGAGGUCAAGGAGAAGCUCCUUUGCCUGCAGCUGGAGAACAAGAUGCUGAAGAUGAAGCUGACCGGCAACGACGACAAACUGCCGAGCGUGCAGGCGUUGCUCGAGGAUUCCGAGGAGCGCUUGAACACGCUGCGUGGGCAAAAUCGCAAGGCGAAUCAGAGGAUAAUGGAGUUGGAGAACAAAUUAGAGGAGGCCAUGGGUAUUCAGGUCGGCAGCGACAGCAAGAGCGACAACGUCGGCCUGAAUCAGAAGAUGUUGCAGCUGCAGGACGAACUGCGCAAAGCGCAAACCGACCGAGAACGGCUGACGCUGCAGCUCGAGGAACGUGAGAGCGCUCUGCAGGCGCAGAAGCAGAAGGCCUUUGCUCUUCAGGAGAAGCUCACGCGGAAGGAGUACGAGAACGCCGCGCUCGAGGAACGCCACAAGAAGUACACCGAGAAGGCCAAGAGUGUCAUAAAGAGCCUCGACCUGAAGCAGAGCAAUUCCUCGCAGAGUGACGUCGUCGUGUUGCGCAACCAGCUGAUGGAGCAGCGCAAGAUGAUCGAGGAAAUGGAGCGCUCCAUGAAGGAGUCCAGGCUGCUGCGAGACAUGGAGGAGAAGCUGAUGGUGACCGCCUUUCACAGACUCGGUCUGAAUUGCCACAGAGAGGUGUUGGAUCAGCGGCUCGCGACGCUCAGUUCGGGACAAGGUCAAUCCUUUCUUGCCAGACAGAGGCAACCCUCGACGAGACGUUAUCCGCCUUAUAACUCGAAAUAAGGAGACACGCAAAAGCAAGUUGAUUUAACACUUCAGUAUUACUACGAAGUGUUUAAUUGAUCAUUUGAGGCAGUGUCAACAGUGCGAUAAAUGUGCUGUUGAACAUAUUUGAAUUCAUGAACUUAACACGAUAUAUUCACUUAACAGAUUUAUUCAACCGUUGAUUUAAUAUUUAGCGUCAUUUUUUUUAACUCAUAGAUAAUAUUAAAAGUCACAUUUAUCUCCCUGUUACAAUUAUCUCAAUUGAUACUAUUUCAUUCGAUGUAGAUACAAUUGAAUGAUUCAGAACAAAAAGAUUAAUUUUUUACCAAGUCUUGUAGAAUUAAUAAUAGAAACUGUGUUUACAAACUUAACAAAUAAGACCCUCUUUAAUUAUUUUAUAUAUAUUGGAUACAGGUAUAUCCAGCCAAUUUUUUUGUCUUCCUGUAAAAUCAUCAAAGAUUUAACAGUCGAUUUCAGAUUUUUAUUCAAAUGUAAACGAAGAUUUUCUAGCUAUUAGAGAUGUGCCAACACACAUGUUCCUAUAUCUUUAACGAGUUUGUAAAAAAAUAAAAGUAAUAGCACGAAUAUCUCCAAUAGUUAGAAAAGCGAACUAAAUUGUAUAUUUCCAAGAUUGUAUCUAUAUCGUAAAUGUUUAUCAUUAUUUUAAUCAGGUUCAAUACAAAAGAUAUGUAUUAAGUUGUAAAUAAGAUUAUAGAUACUGGAAUAUUUUACGUCUCGCGAUAGGCUAAAUAUUACGCAAGAUGUUGAAUAUUCUGUAGUAUGAACAGAUUUUAUCUCAUAUAGAGAUAUUUUAAAUGCUGAUAAAGAACAAAUUAUUAUUAUUAUUUGAAAAUUGUGUAUACUUACAUGUUGAUUCUUAUUUCGAUAAAGUGAUUCACGCUAAAUGUACAUUCAUAAACAUUGUUAUUUGCUUUGUGCAAAAAUACAUGAUGAAACAGUGUAAAUAAUGUAUAGGCCGCUCUAUAUACACAUCUCUCAGAUUUGAAAAAUAUAAUAUACAUAUAAAUUAUAUAUUACAUAAAUAUUGUAACGUAAAGAACUUAUUCGUAUAUU